AUGAUAACAUUCUGGACAUGCUUAUUUCCACUUCAUCUUGCUGGAGCAUAUUCAACAGCAUUACCAACAACUUAUGGUAUUCAACCUAUCUAUUAUCAACAGCCAUCAACAGCAGCAUUGUUGGCAACGGCGACAACUCCGCAAACACUCAGUACAAUCAUAUCGAAUCAAAACACCGCAACAUCAACAACAGCAUUGACUGGAGGCAUGCAUACAGCUCCUAAUCAAGCGACAGGCACACCCUCCUAUUACGAAUUGACAUACACAACAACACCAACCAUUGAACCAUCCUCGUAUAUAUAUGCCACAACUUCGGGACAAUCGUUUUCGUAUGCACAAAUACCAACGCCAGCUGCACAAUCAUCGACAGGUCCAACAAAUCUCAAUGAUGUCUAUGGAAAUCAUACGGGAAAAUACAUAAUUGAUGAUCAUCUUGGAUCAGUCGAUCACGAGCAUCAUUCGCGCGCUGCUAGUGGGUGGUAA